AUGUCUGCUGAGGCGUUAAAAUUGAAAGAAGAAGGCAACACAUGCUUCCGAGAGAAACGCUAUCACAAAGCUAUUGAACUUUACACACAGAGUCUGCAACUGGAACAGUCAGCCACUGUUCUUGCUAAUCGAGCCCAAUCCUACCUAAAUCUCGAAGAAUGGGCGAAGGCUCUUAUGGACUGCAAUCGAGCGCUUGAACUCGACUCGAAAAUGGGCAAAGUCCUUUACAGGAGAGCGCAUGCUCUUGAAAAAGUCGGACUCAAAGCAUCCGCUCGCAAAGAUUUGGAGCGCUGUCUGAAGGUUGCCCCGAACUCGGCUGCGGAAACAAUGUUGAAAAAUCUUGCGAAUCAGUCUGACGCUGAAGUGAUUGUAGUGCCAUGUGUAGAAAAAGGUGAUGAGAUACGUUCUGACUCCGAGUUUGUCGAAAUCGUCAUCGAUCUGCCGCGGAAAGAUGAGAAAACAGAUUUGGAAAAAGUGAAGGAAACAAAUGACGAAAAUCUAGCAGAAGAACAUGGUCCUGUUCAUUUUGCUGUGCCAACCUCUUUGCGACAAUUUUCAAAGGAUUAUCGAGAGAUGGAGCGAUUGCCACCCGAGAAUUUUGCGAAGUACUUUUUAGCUAUACCCACAACGAUAUACCCCUCUCUAUUCGGUGACCUGAUGGAAACAGAAAUGCUGGGCCGACUCAUCCGAGGUCUCGUUCCUCUGCUGGCAAUGGGAAGCGCAAAUCCGGUGGAAGUUUCGGCGUGCUUACUUCAUCUAGCGGAAGUUCCACGAUUUGAGUUAUUAGUGAUGCUAUUGGGUGAUGAUGAAAAGAAAGAACUCGUCCACAUUUGUCAGCUCCUUCCAGAAAAUGAAGCUAUUUUCAUUCGUGAAAAGUAUCACAUUGAGGAGGCAGAGAUCUAA